UGCAUGAUUCACUUGCAGCGCGCGCGCGCGCGCACGCGCCACCAUCUGUCAGCCAAUCGUGUGACGAACUUCCUGGUCACAUUUUCCUCGUAGGUCCCAGUUUCCCUUAUUAAUAGAUAUGUUUUCUCCGCUUCAGUCAGCGGGAAGGACGCGGCUCGACGGCGAGGACGCGGACUGAGAAUGAGAGGAAGGAGCCGGUUAUCAGCUGGACCGAGGUGCCACGGCGCUAGCGUGGUAGCAGCCAGAUAAGAAACUCCGGCUGCUAUUUACUGUGAGCUGCGCGGAGCCCAAGGACGUACGAGGAAGGCGAAGACGGGCGAGACCGGGGACGCGGCUCGGAUGCCGUUCACCUGAUCCAGGGACGGGGCCGGUGAAAUCCCACGGAGACGCGGGGCCGGGGGGGGGGGUACGUUCGGGUAGCAUGUCUUGACUACAAAAGGCUCGAUUAUCCGCGGAUAAACUGCAGCGGCGCGCCAGGAGCAGAGGCCUCCGCGGAUGGAGCGCGGCGCUCUUUAAUCCGGCCACAAACCUCGCUGACAGGCGGCGACGCGCUACGGCAAAGGGACGCCUUAUUCGCAAUUGAGGGAAUUUAUGGGAUCACAAGUUUCCUCUGAUGAGAUGAGUGUGCGUGCUGGCCAGGGCAGUGAUGAGGUGCUGGUUUCACAGGCUGUGUGGGAUUACCUGGCUGCAGCCGGGCGGCCCUGGCUCAUUGACUUCCAGCACAAGCAGGGGAUGAGCGUCGGCAUAGUCAGGCGAGGGGAGAGGGGGGGCUGCUGUGCCGUUCGACUGCAGCCCGUCCAGGGGUUCAGGAGCGCCGGCGCCGGUGUGCCGGACGCGCCCGUCUCCAGCGAGACCCGAAAAGCCUUCAUUGACUUAUGCCGCUGUGCCCGCAAAGAGAUGAGCAAACAGGAGGGGGGGCCCCGGAGGAAGAGGGCCCUGCUGCCCUGCGUGGGGGUCCUGCAGCCCAACGGGGAGGGCAGCCUGCUCCAGCCGCCGCUGCCGCAGCCCAGGCGCUCCCAGAGGCAGCAGCAGAGGUUCCGGAAGCCCGCCGACGAGGAGGCCUGCGCCGCGCUGCACGAGGCCGCCCAGAGGAAGGACCCCGACGCCGGCGCGGCGACCCGCGGCGAGGCCGACGACAACAGCACCUGCUCCAUCUGCAUGGGGGACGUGGUGGAGAGGACCACCCUGGAGCGGUGCGGCCACGCCUUCUGCCGCUCCUGCCUGGAUCAGGCCUUCAAGGUGAAGAAGGCCUGUCCCGUGUGCCGGCUGGUGUACGGACAGCUGAUCGGAAACCAGCCGGGCAACGGCACCAUGAUCGUGGAGCGGGACCCUGAUCUGGAGCUUCCUGGCCACGAAGGCUACGGGUGCAUCUGCAUCAUCUACAGCUUCCCUCCAGGCCUACAGGCACCAGAACACCCGAACCCCGGGGUCCGAUACCCGGGAACAGACCGCGUCGCUUACCUCCCCGACAGCCCCGAGGGGAACCGCGUGCUGGGCCUGCUGCGCCGGGCCUUCGAACAGCGCCUUAUCUUCACCAUCGGUACCUCCAUGACUACGGGCAUGCAAAACGUCAUCACCUGGAAUGACAUCCACCACAAAACCUCACUGUGGGGCGGACCCCGCUGCUUCGGAUACCCAGACCCCACCUACCUGGUGCGAGUCACCGAGGAACUCCGAGAAAAAGGCAUCACAGUGGACUGAGAGGAAACCCACGGACUCUUCCAGGACUUUUCCAGCGCCUUUUCACCGGGUCGCGCUCAGAGACCGCCCGUCCUCACGGGACGCCUGAGGACGAGACCCUCGGCAGGCGGGCGUUCAAAGCCCGCGCCGCUCGCCGUUCCUCGGUUCCUUCACCGUCCUCCAGAGUUCAGCUCGGCCCGGUUCUACACGUGGAAGGAAAUUGGUUGAGUGCAGUGCAUUCUCGUAUCACAGUCGGCCGUAGGACCCACAGUGGAUGCGCUUAUUUAAAAGCAUUGUGACGUGCUGGAAUCCAUGGUACUUCUAUAUCGUUUAGAAAAAAAUCUAAGUUCUUGUUCUAAAACCGUUUAUGUUCUAUUAAUGCUUAUUUCUACUCUGAGGACCACUUUAUUUCUUACAGGCACAUAUUCUUGGUAUUCCGUUGGGUGAGUACGCUUCUGAUCGUUACUAAUGACCUGUGGUGAGGAUUAUAUGCCAGGAUGGCGCCGCUGGAACAGAAAGGGUCCACACUCUGCAGUCGCUGCAAUCUAAAGCACUCACAGGCACUUUGGUGCGGCAGUCCGCGCUCGGCGAAGGUGGCGUUCCAGUCUUUUUGCUUCGGGGGGGCUGCAGCCUGACUACAGGUUGAUGUCAGCCGCUCGGAAAUCGCUUAAUUUCUCCCAUCGAUUUUUACGCAAACAGGACGAAUGUUAAACGUUUCAACGAUGUCUCAUUGCAGCACUUUUCCCCCCGGGGACGCUUCGCGCUCGUCCCCAUCGGUUCGCUCCGCUUACUCUCCCAGGUGUUGAGCCCAUUACCUCGGUUGUUAGCCGCGUGCUCGUGUAAUCACCAGAUUUAAGAUGAUGUCAAAUAUAAAAGGGCAUACCGACCAUUAAACCAAAUCAAAGGCACAAAAGCUCUUUUAAUAUCUAUGCCUCUGUCCUUGUCAAACUAGGAGAAACGCCUGCGAGGGUUCUCAUUAAAAUGAGCUAACUGUUGUAAAUUAGUUUAUCUUAAUCGAUAAUCUUCGAUAUAUAUAUACAUGAUAAGAAAAUGUUGUGGGGACAAUUAAAUUCUCGGUGGGUGGAAUAAUCUCAUUUUGUUGUGCCUUUCUUAUAAAAAUUAAGCAUGACGUUACUAAUGAAUGAUAAGUUUGGGCACAUUUCAGUGUUCGCCUGUACGUUUGUAGCGAUACUAUAUGGCUUUAAGUAGUUGCAGUUCAUAAACCGUGUCCGCUAAUGUGUGUCCGAUCAGCUUCUCCCUCCUAAACACUGCUGUAGUCGCUAAGUGCGGUACCAGGCUUGGCUUGACAUUACUUUGUCACGCACACGUCAAAUAUCUGUUUUCUAUGUUUCCAUUCUCUUUUGUAUUUUAGUUAAGGGACCAAGUGACAUAUUUCCGGGACACAGGAUUGUAGUUUACUAAAGAUACUGUGCAAACAUUUCUAUGCAUAACACAAGCGAGAAGGAGCCGGGAGGCGACACGUUUCAGAAUGAUUGUUAAGGGGACGUUGGGAGUUUUGCUUUUCUAAUUGUGUUGAUUCGUACUUUGUUGAUAUUCAGAAAAAUGUGCUUUACAUUUUAAUACUUGAAUAAAAUAAAAGUUAUGUUUGGG